AUGUCGGAUACGCCGGGGAAAUACAUACUGGGUACCCAUCGAGGGCCGGUGGCCUUGGAUGAGAAUGAUGCCCGGGAAUUGGAGAAAUUGGAGUCUGCGGGUGGGUUGACACUGUCCAAGGUGUCCACGAGAGGCGAGAAGCUUCGCCAUCACUGGAAGCGGUUUUGGUUUAUCUAUCUCGUGGGGAAUAUCAUAUUUUUGGCCAUUUUCCUGCCAAUUUUCUUUCUCAUCGCUAUCCCUGCGAUCGCACAGAUGGUUGUUAACAAAUCGACUCUACUCCUCGUGAACGGAGCAGUGCUACAGCCAAAGCCAGAUUCGGUGCAAUUGACCAUGAAAGCCAGCAUAGACUUGAAGGUGGCCGUGCCCGUGCGCAUCGAGGCAGUGACGUUCGACCUCUUCCAACCGGAUCUUGGCCACGAUAGGCCGUACGCCGCUCUUGAUCUACCGGGACAGACAAUCAAGGGGAACUACACGCUCGGAGUCAGCGACCGUUUCACACCCAUCCAAGAUACGACGGCGUGGAUCGAAUUUGUCCGGCAGGUCGUGUUCAAGGAGGAGACGUCGUUGUCGCUCUAUGCCCCGACGACGGCCUAUCUAGGGGUGCUGAAGUCGAAUGUCAUCAUGAACAAGGCCAUCGUGACUCCUGGUUUGAACAAAUUCAAGGGUCUCACCAUAUCCGACGCCACAUUGCUCCUCCCUCCAAAAGAAGACGGCACCAACCUCGUCGGAAACAUCACGCUGCCCAACCCAUCGGUACUCGAACUCGAAGUGGGAACCCUCCACAUGAAUAUCAAGAGCGGGGAUCUCCUAGUCGGGAACGCCAGCCUUACAGACGUCACGCUCAAGCCGGGGGACAACACCUUCCCUAUGAACGGAGUCCUCGAUCUAAAGAAGGUCAUAACCAACCUCGGUGACGUCAUCAAAUCUCAGGUCUCUCACCUGAAGGAGGGAAAACUGUCUCUGGGCGCAGCCGCUACAUCUAUCGUAUGGGACGGCACCGAGGUCCCCUACUACACGAAAGUGCUUCGCGAGCUCACCCUACCCGUCGAAGUCGCUAUCGGCGAUAUCCUGAAGAACAGCUUACGGGAGCUAUUGCACGGGAACGGUGAUUUGGUAGAAAGCUUGAAGGAAGGCAUGGGUCGUAGAUCUAUUGGUGACGGGACGGAUGACCUCGCGGCGUUCUUGAAACAGAACGAAGAUGUCAUGGAUACCUUCCCGGAUAUAGACCCGGCAAGACGGGAGGAAAUCAUUGAUUCUCUGGCGGCCAUGUACAGCGAGCUCUGA